AUGGGAAGCUAUUCCUUAAGCUUGAUAGCCUGUAUUUUAAUAUCUUAUUCUAUUGCUAUCAUUGUAUGUCACGGUCUCUUAUUCCCCAAUAUAACAGCUCUCUACUCAUUAUUAAUUUUUUUGGGCCUAUACUUAUCUACUUUGAUUUUCGUUGGAAUAUGCCAUGAACUAUCCAGGCCAUAUAUGGCUAUUCGUAAAAUUCGACGAAUUAUAAUUUGUGUGAAGAGGAGAUUUCGUAAAUAUAGAAGAAGACGUCAUACCAAAGCCCAUCGUAUAUUGCCUUCAAUAAAGUAUAAUAAUCAACCUCUUAAGACAACUGAUAGUAUUUUGAGUAAUUUAGAAAGUACUGAAAAAUAUGAAGCAGAUUUUUCCAAAGAGAGGUACUCUAUAAAGAUAGUUGAUAUGGAGGAAGGAAAUAACAAUGUACUUAAACGUAGGGAACAAGUUAUUAAUAACUUGAAUAGUGUAAAAUUUAAAGAUACCAUUAAUCCUGAAUCUAAGCAUGAGAAAAGUACUAUUCAUUUACAAGACAAAGAGAGUUCACAAAGUCAACCAGGAAAAAUUGACAACCUAGUUCCUGAUAAUGGUAUAAAUAAUUCAAUAUUUUCUGACAAUAUGAAUAAUGACUUUGUUAGUAGGGAUAUGAAUGAAGGUGUGAUUGAGUUUAGUCAUCUUACUAAUCUCGGAGGGUUUAAAUUUAGAAAUACUGGGAAUUCAAAGAACUUAGUUUCAUAUAAAGUUACUGAACCAUCUUUAGAGGUGACACAUAAAGUAAUUAAAAGUAAUAAUAAUAUUGAAAAUAAACAGGAAACUAUUAAGAUAAUGUCCAAAUAUCCUAAAGAAGACUUGUCAUGGGUAGAUUACCUAAAAUAUAAGAUAUCCCUGUUAAAAGUAUUCUCAUUCUUUUCAACAAAAAAAGAUACCUUUAAAUCUGUAGAUUUUGUAUCUACCGAUCUUGAUGAACAAAAGCCUAUAUCUACUUUGCAAUAUUUGGUAAAAUUAGUUAGUGAUCUACACUCCAGGAUAGUGAGGAAAUUUGACAAGAUAUUCGUGAGAUAUGCAUCACGUCAUUUGUCAGUAAACCUGUCAAUUGUGGUAGUAUUCAUGAUAAAUCUAACUUGGGCACUAUUAUGGACAGCAGAUACUCAGUAUCUAUAUCGUCAAAGCCCUUUUGAGGAGUGGAAGUUGAGAUCUGAUAGUCUCCAUAUCGAAUUAAUUGAACAAUCUUUCCUAUGGUUUGCAGACAUACUUCUCUUCUUUAAAGCUAUAAUUGAGACGUCACAUCACCGUAGAGGUUUGAGGAGAUUAUUCUCAUUCAAGUGUAUUUUAAGCUCAGAGAUUUUUGCUCCAUUGUUUGAACUAGUUACUACAUCUCCAUUUCUUAUUAUUAUUAAAACAGCAACAGGUUGGUCAGCUACUACAACUCUUUACACUCUUGGAUUUCUGCGAUACUUUCGUCUAUUAAAUAUUAAACCAGUUUUAGAUAUAAUAUUAUAUUGGUCAUCAGAAAUUAUGAGGAUUGGUUUUGUAAUUGUUUGGACUAUUUUAAUUGUACUAGUUGGUUUCUCUGGUGCAAUAAUGAUUAUCGAGUCACCAUAUCCAAAUUUUACUACUCUUUUUGAUUAUUUUUAUUUUACCAUUAUAACGAUAGCAACCGUAGGUUAUGGGGAUUUUGCUCCACAUUAUUUUUUAUCGCGUUUCAUUUGCAUUGUAUUGAUUUUAUUCACUCUAAUUUAUAUUCCCAAUCAGAUCAGUAACUUAGUACAACUUACACAAGCGCCCCCUGACACUCUUGGAGGAGGUAUGAUUGCUUCUUAUCAGAAUGGUUUAUUUGAUAAAGAGCAUGUACAAACUCUACUAAUACUUGUUUGUGGAAGCCCAUCAGUCAAACAUCUGUCAUAUUUGAUAUUGGAACUAGAUACUUUAGCUACAGCACAAAAUGAAAAUAAGGAAUUUCGAGAUUCUAAAGAUCCUAUUCGCCAUCAGCCUCUUGUCAUUCUUUUUACAACAGAUGACCUUAGGCGUUAUGGAAGUUUGGUGAAAAAAUGUGAACAAUCUUUUAAUACACAACUUUAUGUGAAACGAUUGAGAGAUUUUGAGACUUUAAGGGAGGAUCUUGAGAAAGUGAAAGGAAUAGUUGAAGCUCUAUAUAUUUGGAGCGACAGUAUAACUCCAUGUCCAUCAGAAAGAUAUAAAAGUGAAUUUUUUUCUCAAAUAGAUGCGGAAAGUAAUUUUCUGAGAUGUAUACAAAAUAUACAAGUAUCAGUGUCAGAUGCUUUUUUAAAAGAUAAGUUGACUAUUAUGCGAUGGUAUGCUAUUAGAAAGUUCUUAACAUCUCCAUCUUAUGAAGAAUAUGGAUACAAAAAGAAGCCUUUAAAGGAAAAUAAAUUGAGCUUUUUUGAAUCUAAAUCUUCACAUAUUAAACUAAAAAAAAGCCAAUUUUACCCUGUGCUAUUAUUCAAUGUUAAAAUUGAGGACUAUCAACAGGAGACAUAUAUCUCCCACUCUAACUUUGUAAAUAUCAAAACAGCAAACUUCCUUCGAGGUUCUAUGUUAAUAAAUAGGCCACUGUUGCAAGCUCCAAGUAAUCCUGAAGAUAUCAAGAAGUACCUUAAAUUUCUUUCAACCUUAGCCCGUUCACAAAGUAAUCCUGAGGUUCUUGAUCUUUAUAAACCAACAAUGGCAUCUUCCUAUAUCCCAGUUUAUGUAUCAGAAGUCCGCUCAAGACUUCUUGCUAAAUCAGCCUUAUGUCCUGGUUUCUCUUCUUUAGCAUGCAAUAUGUAUCAUGCAAUAAAUUUAGUGGAUGAUGAAAGUUGUCAGGAAUCUUUGCUUACAUCACUCAAAAACUCUUUAGAACAAUAUGGAACUAAUAUCCAAAAUGAAUUAUAUUACGAUUCUGACUUUGAAUUAGAUGAAUACGAAGAGGAAGAUACUGAAAGAAGUGGUCUUUCACCUGUUGAACUACUUACUCAUGAUUACUUGCAAGGUUCUUCUGCAGAACUUCUUGAAGUUGCAGUACCAGUCUACUUAUCACAAAUGCAGUUUAUGCAAGUUUCUGCAUUUUUAUUUCGUGAGUUUUCUAUAUAUUGUAUAGGAAUAACUGUACAAAUAAAUGAGGAGACUUCUAUUAAUAUUUUAGAUAAUAAUGAAAAUGAAGAGGAAACUGGGGAAUCAAGCCUUGUUUUAUCAGAUGGGUAUAUAUCCACUGAAGAAGAUUUCCAUUUUACUUUAGAUAUAAGCAAUAGUUUCAAAGAUUCAGAGAGUUCUUUACAAAAUGAAAAUGUAAUUGAUACUACUAGACGUAAAGUUCUCUUUAAUCCUUAUGAUUAUAUUUUUGGUGAAUCAUAUGUAUGUGGGGAUAUUCUUAUUAAUGCAGAAUCAAAUGUUUGUUUACUUGUACUAAGUAAAUCACGGCAAGUUGAGAAAAUUUUUAAUCAGGAGGUACCCACAAUAAGAAAAUACAAAAAUCCUAUACAAUUUCAGUUAAAUCAAACAUUAAACUAUCUUGGAAUUUGCCAACACAGUAAGUGCAACAAAUUUCUAGAUGUUCCUUCAUGGAAAGUGAAGAUAUCAAAACUUCAUUCAGGAAAAAAGUCAACUCAAGAAGAUAUGUCUCCAUCAAAUAAAAGCAUCAAUAAAAACCUUACAAAUGAAGAUCAUACAUCAACUAAAUAUGCAACAGCUCAUAUUUCAUUUUCAGAUAAUAAUGAAAGAUCUGAAUACACAAUUUCAAAUUUGGAUUCUAAUAUGAACAAAAUAAAUAGUUCUUCUGAAGAAUUAUCUAAACCCUUAGAAAAGUGUACUGAAAAGUUUUAUACUGAUAAUUUAAAUAAAAGAAACAUUACUAGAGGAGUUCCUCCAAUGCCAACUCCUCGUUUUGAUAUAUUUUCAGUUUAUUCCCUUAUUAAGACAACAGACAUGGUCCGUCCUUCAGAGAUAGAUGGCUAUAUUUAUGGUACUACCUUUGUGUUAUUAGUGUGUGGAUGGCCAGAAUGUAUUUCAGAAUUUUUAGAAGGUAUAGUAGCAAAUCGUAAAAUUCCUGUUGGUUGGGAUUCUCUACGGUAUCAUAGGCAUAUGGAAACCUCCUUACCCAUUAUAAAUAAAUCAUUAAUCCUUGCCACACUUAUUAUAUUUUUAUCUCCUAUUGCUAGUGAUAUAUAUUUAGAAAAGCCAAUAAUCCCACCAGGUUGUAGAGGUCUCUAUGUGGAGGGAUCUUGUUGUAAAGAUGAGGACUUGAUUCGCUCUGGACUUUUUUAUGCCCAUUCCAUUGUUGUCUGUGCUUCUGGAAACCAGGUUAAUAAUACUAAUGAUCUACAGGUUAAUAAUGAUGGACAGGUUGUGGAAACUUGUUGGAAAGUUGCAUCUCUUAUAAAUAUGAAAAUUCAAGCUGAAGUUGCUCUUCUUAUAAAUAAAAAAUCUAAUAGUCAAGAUAAGUAUAUAAAUUCUAGACAUAAUUUGCAACUGUAUGAUAAAGUACCUGAAAGAUCUAACCAGAGGAAUAUUAAUGAAAAUGAUAUAUAUUCAUUCGAUUUUAAAGCUCCUACAAGGGUGAAUAUGAAGGUGCAGAGAUUAAAACCCUUAGAUAUAAAAUGGAAUACUUGGCAAUGGAAAAUAACCACUAAUUUAGCUCAAUUAGCUCAGAAGUGGUUGUUUUUUGGGGGGCAUUUACCUCCUUGUUUUUUCCCUGCUAUUAUUGCAGAUAUUAGAAAUGAAGAAUCGUUAAUUCUUUUAGAUAAGACACCCUGGAUUUAUUCAUCCAACUGGGACUAUCUUACUAGUCCAGUAAUAGUUGCAGGCAAAGUUUUGACUACAGAUAUGAUAGUACCAGUAUUAUAUAGAUCCAUCAAGAUAUCACCAUUGGUAGCUACUGCAGAUACUCUUCAAUGUCUCCUUGGAUAUAAUUCAAGUGACCAAGAAAGAAGCUUAAGAUAUAUUAAGGAAGAAUCCGAAGAGCAAUCUUCAGAGUAUAUUGAAUGGGGGUCAGUAGAAUUAAUUAGUGUCCCAGCACAAGUUCAUGGGAAAUCAUUCUUUAGACUUUUUUCUUCACUGUUGUACUCUUCUGGAGCUAUACCUAUUGGUAUCAUGCGAAGUUUAGGUAAUAGUAUGGAUAUUCCUAAUAUUCCAGAUGAAAAUAUAUUCAUAUCUAGACCGGGUUUAAGUCAUACUCCUAAAUUUGACAUGCAAAAUCGUGUUGUAUUAUUGGCACCACAUCCUAAAAUGAGAGUCUUUAAAUAUGACUUUGUAUAUAUCAUUACUCCCAUAAUGCGGGUUUCUUAA